AUGAUGUCUAUCACUUUGGGUUUGAUCUGUGUGCUCCUCCUGGUCCUCGCCAGCUUUUACCGAAAGCCAUCCACAUUGCCCGGACCGAGAGGACUGCCAUAUUUUGGAAAUGUCUGGCUGUAUAUGAUAGGAAGGAGUUCCAAAGAUAUCAUUCCUUUUUUAAAAUAUUUUGUAAACUACUAUGGUAAUAUUUUUGAACUGCAAAUAUUUGGCAUGAACUACGUAUUUGGGUCAGAAGCAGAACUUGUCAAGCCAAUACUAACCAGCCAUACAAAUAUUACUAAAGGACGUUUCGAAUGGUCAUUCUUCAAACCCAUGUUCCGCGAUGGAGUUAUAAUUUCUGAGGGUGAAAAGUGGCGUACACGCAGAAAAAUAUUAGAACCUAGUUUUCACUUUAAGAUACUGAAACGAUCAAUAGAAAGUGUAGCUAGGUAUGCAGAGGAAUAUGUUUCUAAUUUACUUAACUCUGAAGGGAAACCUACUGAAAUCGAAGAUAUGAUUUACUUGUUAACUCUUAAAAUAAUAUGUGAAACUGCGAUGGGUGUGAAACUGAACACUGAAGAUAGGCAACAAAAUGAAUACGUAAAAGCUUCAAAACUUUGUCAUGACGGUGCGGUAUAUAGAUUUUUCAAGCUUUGGCUGUAUCCUGAUUUUAUUUAUCGCCGUUCUAAUGCUGGUAAAACAUUUUUCAGAAGUGUAGAUAUUAUUCACGACUUUGCAACUCAGGUUAUAAGAAACAGAAAAGAAUUAUUUAUUGCUGAAAAAACUGGAUCUAACAAUCAGGGUUCGACAAAAAAAGACAAAAAUGCUUUCCUGGACAAUUUACUUGAAUUGGAUGAUUCAAAUCCUGGUUUAUUCACAGAGUCUGAUAUCGAAGAAGAAGUUAGCACUUUUAUGAUUGCGGGUCAUAAUCCAUCUGCAGCAACUCUGAAGUUUUUACAUUUUGCCCUUGCCAACCACCCAGACGUUCAGGAAAAAUUAUAUGAUGAACAGAUGGAAAUAUUCGGGAAUGAUAAAAGAAUUCCAACGGGCCAAGACCUUCAGAAGAUGAUUUACCUGGAGAUGGUAAUCAAAGAAACAUUGAGAUUAUACCCAAUAGUACCAUUUCAAAGUAGAUUAUUAGAGGAAGAUCUACAAAUUGAUGAAAACACUAUCAUUCCAGCAGGUCAUCAUUUUGUAGUCGUUUCUUUUUCUAUCCAUCGAUCCAAAAAGCAUUGGGAUAAUCCAGAGGAGUUCAUUCCCGAAAGAUUUGCGCCGGGAAAUGUAAUUAAUCCAUUUUCAUUUAUACCAUUUUCUGCCGGUCCAAGAAGUUGUAUAGGUCAGAAGUACGCAAUGAUGGAAAUGAAGACUAUCAUGUCGACAGUAGUCCGCCAGUGCUGGCUUGAACCUGUCACUACUUCAAUAACUCUUGACUAUGGUAUUAUAUUAAAAUCAGCAGAACCGAUAAUAGUGAAAGCCUUUCCAAGAAAUGAAAAUCAACGAAUAAAUUAUAAGAGGAAUAAUUAA